CCUGCCAUGUUCCCGAGAAGGGUGAGUUCGGGCAAAGACGGAGCCGCUGUCAAUCACAAUAAAGGAAACAUGGGGUUAAACUGGUAGAUUAGAGACGACUUGUUUCAGAGGUUGAGGGGAAGAAGAACAUGUGGCUUCUUAUCGCGGGUUGUUUCUGCCGUCCGAGUGCAGCCGGGAUCACUUCCACUGGAUUUCGGCGUUAACCGUCACGCGCAACGACAAAAAAAACUCGACUUUGCCAAGCUUCGGACUGUUGUUGUGGCGCCUCUCCGCCGGUUUCGUGCAAAGAAAAGCUCAAGUCUUUGCACUUUUUUGGGGGGCGGCUUUGUGUUCCUCAACCUCAGGAUAUCCUUGUUUAUUUGUCAACAACUCUUGGAAGUCUGGUUGGGGAAUUUUCGUGGAGCCGCCUCGCCUCGCUCCGAGGCGACUACACUCGAAGGAGGAGGUGCAGAAAGCCGACAGCUGGAGUGAAGGAAGCCACUCGUAUUCGGGCGAAGGAGUGGAAAACAGGAGCCGAUAUGAGCGGCGGGGAUGUGGUGUGUUCGGGGUGGCUGAGAAAGUCUCCUCCAGAAAAAAAGUUGAGACGUUACGCAUGGAAGAAGCGGUGGUUUGUUCUUCGCAGCGGCCGUCUCACAGGCGACCCAGACGUGCUGGAGUAUUACAAGAAUGACCACACCAAGAAGCCCAUCCGAGUGAUUGACCUCAACUUAUGCGAGCAGGUGGAUGCCGCGCUGUCAUUCAACAAGAAGGACUUGGAGCACAGCUUCAUAUUCGACAUCAAGACCAUCGACCGCGUCUUUUACCUGGUGGCCGACACUGAAGAGGAGAUGAAUAAGUGGGUCCGCUGCAUCUGCGAUAUCUGCGGUUUCAACCCCACAGAUGAAGAAGCAGCAAAGGCGGCCCAUCAGUCAGCCAUAGGAGGCUUGGUGGUGGACACGACCCCUCACCCUGCCCUUGGGAAUAUUGUUGGUCCCGCAGCAGGAGUCUUGUCCGGCCUGCCCCCUCCGUACCAGCCGGUCAGCGUGCGUCAUCUGGACUCUCAGUCCAGUUCAGAAGAGCCACAGGAUUAUUUGUUGCUGGUCAACUGUGAGAGUAAAAAGCCUGAACCAAACAGAGGUCGUGAGUGUUCGAAAUCUACCUCCUCUGAGACUGACCUGAACGACAACGUCCCCUCUCACCGCACGCCCACUUCCUCCACGUCAUCAGCCAAACACACAUCGCACAACGGCUUCUUCCCUCAGCACCAGGGACCAGCCUCGGCUUCGUCCAUCUACGACUCGCCUCCACCACGUGGCGCUUCCAUGUUUACCGACAAUGGCCUCUACCACCUGCCUCGCAGCUACUCUCAGGACACUGUACUGGUGCCCAAAUCGGCGUCAUCCCCGCCAGCCCAUCAAGAAAGCGCAGACUCUUCCGACCUAUACGUCUUCAACACACCUUCGCGGAAGGCCUCCAUGGAGACGCAGAUGCGUAACAUGUCCAUCAGCUAUGACAUCCCGCCGACACCAGGAGCAAACUCCACGUACCAGGUCCCCCGCACGUUCUCCUCGUCCACUGGUUGCACGGAGGACGGCGGAGAUGUCGUCCCCCCUCCGAGACCACCCAAGCCGUCGCUCAGUUCCACCUCAGGACCCCCACCUCCUCCCGCAGAGAGAUCACCUACGGACAAUUACUGUGUACCUCGUUCGGUGUCGGAGACGGAUACGAACUACUGUGUGCCCACAGGAGCCGGAAAUAAAGCCUUGCGCAGCAACACUAUCGGCACUGUGGACUGUUCACGGAUCUGCCGAGAUUUUGGAUCGCAAGACUGUUACGAUGUUCCUAGAUCUUUUCCUUCAGACAAAAGCUGCUCCUUCGACUUCAACGAAAGUUUCAACAGCUACUUUAAAAACAAGGGAAUAAUGCCACUGGGCAGCCACUCAACAGAGGAGAUCGACCAGAACUACGUACCCAUGAGUGCAAACUCCCCAUCACACCAUCACUCAGGCAGCUUGUCAGAGCCCAUACACGAAGCCAACUACGUGCCUAUGACUCCAAGCACUAUGGAGUUCUCCUCGCUGGGAAAACAAGUCCCCCCACCUGCACACAUGGGCUUCCGCUCCAGCCCUAAGACCCCCCCACGCAGGCCAAUGGUCAUCGACUGUCAGCCCCCACCCGUGGACCGAAAUCUUAAACCGGAUCGAAAAGGUCAAAGUCCUAAAAUUAUAAGAGCAAAAGGUGUCGGUUUAGAGCGAACCGAUUCUCAAACCGUAGGUGAAUUCCAGAGAGGACGGCGUAAGGGAAAACCUGCUCCGCUGGAGAUCAAACCUGUGCCAGAAUGGGAGGAGCCUUGCACGCCAGUCCGCUCACCUGUCACCCGGUCCUUCGCUCGGGAUUUCUCUAGGUUCCCGAUGCCGCCGAGGCCCCUGUCAAUGCACAGUACAGCCUCCAGCACUGACUCCGAGGACAGUGAUGAGAAUUAUGUAUCCAUGGUCACUAAUAUGAAGAACCAGUCAGACGAACCAAGCUCUAAACUCACUGCGCCGAUGACUGUGGAUGGGGGAAGCAGCCCAGUCGUGAAACCCAAAGGAGACAAACAGGUGGAGUACCUGGAUUUGGAUCUUGACUCUGGCAAGACCACCCCACCUAGAAAGACCAAUGGAGCUGGCCUGGCUGCGUCGGAUGAGCGCGUGGAUUAUGUGGUUGUGGACCAGCAGCGCACACAAGCCCUGAAGAGCACCCGGGAGGCCUGGAGCGACGGCCGACAAUCCACCGAGACAGAGACUGUGUUAAAAGGACCAAAGUGAUACUUCAUGCCUCUCACCCCUCCAAACUGAAAACCACUAGGCCUUUUCCACACUGGCGUAAAUGAGGGGCUUGUGCCUUGAGAGGGUCCUGCUGUCCAGAUCCACUUGGCCAGGAGGACAGUGGAGCACUGAAGCCAUCAGCCGCCUUUAGCUUCCGCCACCUCUGGAGUGGAAGGACUGGGCUUGUGUUCCAACUUGGGCAGUACGAUCAAACGUGCACACUCGCUGACCCCCUCGUCGGACGUGUUUCUCUUCUUUCAACGAUCAUUUCGCUGAGAUAAAUUUGAGUCGAAUCACUUGAAUAAGAGGUUUUACCAGUGAAUGCAUUUCUGUGGACGCGCAGGUCAGUUUGAUCACUGAGCCGAUCGCAUCUGACAACAAUGCAAAAAAAGACAUCAUCGUUGAGGAACGCUCUCCUCCAUGCAAAGACCCUUGUGCCCGCAGCUUUGGGGUCACUCAGUUGAAUAUACUGAUUCAGCUUUCUGUUUGCUCGUGUUGAGAUGCUUCACUCCGUUGUCAUGGAAGUGCGAAGACUGUACAAAAGUGUUAUGUACAUAAACUAGUAAAGUGUCCUUCUAUUUGUAUAGAUUUCCAGAGCAUUGGUAUGAGGAUUCUGCAGGGUGGAAUCUUGUACCUGUCUCAGUUGGUAUCAUGACUUGUGCUCAGUGAACGCAUUACUGUGAGUUUUUCAAAGAACGUGGCAGGUUUUCUAUAAGUUAUGCAAAGGUAUCAAUGUUGUAGUGAGAGAUGGUGAGAGAGGAAUUGAGGUACUCUUUUUAAAUUCAUACUAAAGCUAUCCGUUUCUAAUUUAUUUCUCCUGUGGACGCCGCGUUCCACGGUGUGUUUUUUAUCGAUGAACGUUUGCUAAAGCUAGUUAGCUGACACUGGUUGACAAGCAUUGGUCGGUUCAUUUCACAUCAUAGAGCUCCUUCGUCACAACUUUAAUUUAUUUGGACACAGUUUUGAGCUAUAACUGCCCCCUGGUGUCAAGUGUUUUACUUCACUAACCUGUGAACUCUCACAUGUACGACCCAAGCAUGUUGCAAAAAUAGUUGCUGUACAUAUUGUGGCGUCUAUUCGGUUGAGGCGUAUCAUUUAAUAAAAAUGUGCCGAGUUUGUCCUUUUUCCUCCUCUUUGUGACUUGGACUGCAAAGUGAAUGAUUUGUGAUCGUUUUUUUUUUUUUUUUUAAUCCUGGCAAAACAUGUAAAUUUUAAAAGUGGACUAAAUAAAAUUCAACCUCUUCA